AUGAUUCGAAAUGUCACCAAGAGAACGCUGCUAGGAUUGGCCGUCAUGGCUUUGGUCGUGGUCCUCUUCGUAGCUUCGGGUGCGAUAAUUCAGCUUAUCUUCACAAGUGGUGGUUAUGACAAACCCGUGGCCCUCACGGUCUAUUCCCUCACUCUCUCUGUAUUGUUGUUGGCAUUCCGCCAAUACAUCCACAUACCAGGACAGGGCCCAACCGAGGAGGAGGAGGAGGCCCUGCUCGAUGAGUCUGAUCAUGCGGGUGCGAUGUGGUUCGCCUCACAGUUGACCUACAACAUAUCGCUGAAGUACACCUCCGUGGCUACCAACAGUUCCCUUUCCAGUUGCUCUAGUGUAUUCACGUUCAUCUUCUCCAUAGUCCUCUUGGGAUAUCCUCUCUGUAGAGCCGUGCCCAUCCUUGCAGUGCUCCUCUGCGUAUUCGGAGUCCUCAUAACAGCACUCAAUCAACCGUCACCCAAAACCGACUUUGCGGUCCGAGAGAGCAUCCUUGGCGACUCUCUAGCGCUGGCAUCAGCCUGUUGUUACGGCCUCUUCUCGUGCUGCAUUAAACUCUGGGUACCUGAUGAGCGCAUGGUGGCGUACGUCUUCGGCAUGUUCGGUGUUGUUGCCUUUGUUAUGGGAAUCCCUUUGCUAGCCCUGUGCCAAAUGACAGGACUUGAGACUUUGGCCCUGCCGACCUGGGGCCAAUUCGGUGCUAUGACGGCCAAUGCUGUGCUCGGCAGUGUCGCAUCGGACUAUCUGCUCACAGUUGCUGUAGGUGCUGAGAUUGGAGAUUCAAAUUCAAAUUUGUAUAAUGAUGAUGAUAAACUGCCACUGUAUGAGCACACUCACGUUUCAAACACUCUACAUCAUGAUUCAACUUUUGUCUAG